GUGACGUGAGUGCUUGCGGAAGCAGAGCGUGGAAUGUUGGUACAUUGUUGUUGUUUUGUAGUUAAUUUCGUACGAGGAUACACCGCUGCCCCUCUGCUGGACGCCUUAUACCAAACUGUGUCAAGGUUCUUCGUCGCCUGUAUCGGAAAUCUACUCCGCCACUUUUGACAUAUUCAAGCCUCAGAUAUCCGCGUUCACAGAGUGUGUCUUCUGUGAGAUUCUGGCCAGUUGUCUGCAUGCAGGGAAUGACGACUCAUUUCAAGACGAGCAAAGCUUUCAGGGUCAAGAGGGAGUCGGGCGAGAAUGCCCCGGCGCUUAGCGAUGAUGAGCUGGUGGCCAUGUCCGUACGGGAGCUCAACCAGCACCUGCGAGGGCUGACCAAGGACGACGUCGUGCGGCUGAAGCAGCGGCGUCGGACCCUGAAGAACAGGGGCUACGCCGCCAGCUGCCGCAUAAAGCGCGUCACCCAGAAAGAGGAGCUGGAGAAACAAAAAAUAGAGCUGCAGCACGAGGUGGACAAGCUGGCCCGGGAGAACGCCAGCAUGAGGUUGGAGCUGGAUUCCCUGCGAGCCAAGUACGAGGCCCUGCAGUGCUUUGCCCGGACUGUGACCCGCGGGCCCCUCUCGCCAGGCAAGGUGGCCACCACCAGCGUCAUCACCAUUGUCAAGUCCGCCAACCACAACAACUCCAGCCAUACGCCUUUCUCAGCUCCCUCCUAGUGCUGACAGGACUGGGCUCUCCUCCUCCUGCCUAGUCCUUCCUGGUUCUGACCCCGCUUGAACCCACUCAUCCAGUACUGAGAGGAUGCUCAGUAGUUAGACUGAGGGAUGGGAUUGGGGGGCAAGUUCUAUGUGAUGUAAUGCUGCGUUCACAACUCUCUCCCUCCCUGCAUCUCUUUUACACAAUCUACGUUGUCUGUGCACUGUGCAAACCCCCUCCCCCCUCCCCUUCUCCCCUCGUUACCCAGCACCAGCAGGGUAUCAGGCCUCUGUGACCCUUCUUCUAUGACUGACAGCAGAGAUUUGCUUUUACUCCAGUGUGAAACCUAUGUACCCAAGUCUGGCAGCACCGGCCUAGGACCGCUUGUGCACUCAAUGCUACAAAGCAUGAGGCAUCAGCGAUUUAAAACAUGCGUAUGUGAAGUUUUUUGAAAAGCCUAUGCCAAAUUUCUUAUGUAGCAGUGUCUCCGUUUAAAUCGAGCCUUCAAAGCUGUUGCCUUAAAAGGUUGUCUGAGUGAUCUGAAUGCAUUAUGAUCUCAUACUUACUUGUAGUUAAACACAAAGAGAAUUUAUUUCACCAGCUUUGAAGUCAGUGAGACACUUCGCGAUUGCCAUAGUUACCAGUUGCUUUUAAGAGCCAGCCAAAUACAACAACAACAACAACAAAUGUUUCCCUGAGUAGUAUUUCUUCUGUUUUGGAAGGUGCUAAGCUGUAAAAUCACCUGUUGUGUGUUUGGUUGGAGUGACAAACUGCCUGCACAUGGAUCACAUGGAGCCUAUUUGAAAAAAGCACUGCAUUAUGCAAUUUGCAAAAUUAACUGACCAACGCUAAAGGGCUACACUCACGAUACACAAAUGCGUCUGUUCGGUUAUGCAAAAGGAAAGGGAGACAGUGCGCUCCAGUAAAGGCUUCCAUUCAUUCUGAUGCUGGUCUGAUUUGAGGUAACAUACAUUUAUUUGUGUUUAAGAAGUCUCAUACUCAAUUGCGCCAAGAUUAGAGUGAAAGCCUUUUCUGGACCGUGCUGAAUUCCCUUGGCAGUUGUAUGAAAAGAUGGCCACUUGUGCCUUUUAUCUAGUUGUAUUGGCAACUCAUCCAUGAGACGCUUGUCAUGUUGUUCUGUUGCGGUUGAGAGAUUGUUUAAUUUGUCAGUUAAGGGCUGAAAACGGUUGUGUGUAGCUUGUAGUAGAGGCUGAGAAUGUCUCAUUCAUUUAUUAAGAAAUGAGGGAGGUGAGAGGUGAAAACGUAUUUUUCCCGGAGACGGAUGUGCUUUUUAUUGAAAUGAAAAAUUGGAAAGUUAAUGAUGGCGCUUUCUUGACCAGAUUUGUUUUGAUUCAGAAGAGUUAACGUUGCCUUGUGUCUAUCAUUAUAAAGCACUUAAAAGAGAACUGUUAAAGAUACAGUAUAAAAGAAAACAAUUCACAGGGCAACUGAUUCAUAGAAUAAGAAAAGUAUGAUGGACAGAAACUAUUAGCGUUUCUGAAGUUACUGGGACUCGGGAUUGCAUGAUGAUUAAAUGUGGUGUGACCACCUACUGUGAGGUCGAGCCUAUAGUGUAACUAAGGAUGGUGUCUGCUACAGCACUGAUUAGUUUGUGUUUUUGCCUCUGUCCUUUCUAUGCCACUCUUUGGCAGGUAAUCCAUAUUGGAUUUAGUGAUAAUAAGAGAGGUCCUUAUGAGUGGAAUGCAAUCCAACUGAGCUCCUGUAUAUUACAGAUUAUGGACACGUUAAAGCUGCCACUGCCUCUGUUGUCACUUUACAUUGAGAACUCCGUCCGAAAUAGAAAUCAUUCCGAUACUGCUGGGUCAUGAAAAAAGUGCUGCUGCUGCUGCUGGUGUUGGUAACCCUGAAACAGUUUCUAUUUACCUUGCUUUGACACACUCUUCUGCAAGAGAACUCCUGACACCUAUCUCUAAAAGGCAGCGGUGUCAUGGACACUGAAUGCAGUAAACACCUUCCUCCUGUUGUAUACAUUUAUAGAUAUACUAUAUAUAAACAUGAAUCUCACUUGAAAUCAAGCCUUUUUCUUACAGAGGAUCCAUUCCUAAUUUGGAGUGAAGUCAAUAGAGAUUGCUCAUGUCAGGAUUUUCUCUUGGCUAAGAGGACAACGACUGUUCUUCCCAUGUUCCAUAGCUGCAAAGAACAGUGUGGGGAACUUAGCUGCUGUACAACCUGCUGUGAUGUUGAGCAGGGGCAUUGCUGUGUUUUACUCUUGUUUUGUAUUCUCAAUUGGUUUCUUUGUUGAUACAUCCUAUGUUUUUCUUUCUGAUACUUAGUUUUAUAUGCGUAUUCAAUAUAUAAAUAUAAAUAUAUAUAUAUAUUACAUAUUUUUCUAUAUUUAUGUCUUUUACUAUCCUGGGAGUGGGUGUGAUUAUAUAAUCAUCGUUUGAAGUCUAAUUAUGACGAUGCCGACCUUUUUCUGAAAAAGUUGUAUUCACAUUUACAAUGAGAAAACUCUUCUCGUAACUUAAGUCUUUUGUGUAUUGAUACCCCAUAAAUGGCUCUUCUCUGCACAUUUUACUAUGUUGCAUAUAAAUAUGACAGCCAAUGACUUGUCACAUACAGGCUGCAGCUUAUUAUCUGUCACAGUCGAGACACAACUGUUUAGAAAUGGUCAAACUGCUGGUUGAUACUGCUAGUAAAGAUCACAUGUGCAUCAAGCAAAUCAUAUUUACAACAAGUAGGUCAUUAAUAAUAAAGGAGUGUCACAAAAUAAAUCAAAUGUAAGUAAGUAAUGGGUUGAAAAUCAAACUUUGAAUUAAAAAUUCUAGUUUUUCUCAAAUGUUUAAAUAAAUUUUAUAUAGUUCAAAACGAGCAUAUUGGUCUUUUAUGAUUAGAUUUUAAAAUAUAAUGGAGUAUCUGCAGAUUGUUCAGAUCUCAUCAUUAAUAAUCAUUCAUAAAUAAAUGAAAAAAGUUCAUUUUAAAAUGCUCUUAUCUUGGAGUACAAAGGAAUCCAUUUUUCUGAUUUAAUAAAAAAAAACAGAACUGAUCUACCUUUUUUCUUUUUCUUUUUUAAAGAUACUGUUUCAUAUAGGCAACAGUUUCAUUUGAUGACAGUGACACUUUUGUAACCUCUGAGACCUUACCGGAAAAUAAUUCCAAAGCUGCUAAAAAAAAAAACUGUUUAAGGUCUGUUUGAAGCCUGAGUCAUAAGAAAAUAUAGAAACAUAGUUCAUGUUUACAAAAGUCCUUAUGUCACAAGACUACACUGCUUGAAGCAUUUUCUGACAAGCCAAACAGUGACCCCUUGUGGUGAAGUCUCAAAACAAAUUGCUGUAAGAUCAAGCAGUGUUUCAUGUUUAGUUUAGCACGUCUUACUUUAUUUUGAUCACACCUUCAAAAUGACACGUUAAACUAUGUAUUUCUGUGUUGUGCCAUAAAACAGACAACCUGCUCUUCAAGUGAACAAAGUAUUUGUUGUUAAUUUUACAUCAAGUGCGACCAAGCAGAAGUCCCAUCAAGCUCACAUUGCUCAUAGACUAUUACCACAAACGAAUAUUUGCUAGACAAAAUAAAUAUACUUUUUUUUUUUUUUUUUUUCACAAGCCAAUUUCGUUGUAAAGGAAAUACAAAUAAAAUCAUGUUAGGUGGUGUUUUACUGGGGGAAAAUAGACAAGUGAAUGGUUGAAAAGAGGCAUAAACAUACUUGCCAUGGACGUUUAGCCACCUCGUCCUGAGUAUCUUUAUUUCUUUCUGCAGCUGAAGCGACUGAAGCUCGUCAUACUGAGGAGCUGUAACAGAUCUGUUCAAGAUGUCAUUUUUAUAUGAACCAUUACAAUGCUAACGUAUGUUUAGACAUGGGGUUUCCUGAAUAUGUUGACGAGGUUAUUCAUGUAAAUUGUCCUUCUGGACAUGUCUCUGAUAAAAUAAGCUGUCCACAAACAAGCCAGUCCUACAAGCUCACGUAUUUAAUUUACAGUGUAGAACGUCUGUUGUAGUUUUUUUAGACUGGAGAGGUUUUUGACUAAAGAUGCAGAAAAAGCUCUGCCGUAGAAGUGAGCAUGUGUAUGAAGAUUUGGUUGUUGGUGAAAAAUAUUAACGUCCGUUCAAUAGCAGAGAUUUCCAUGUUACAAAUGGAUAUCCUCGUUCUAGUCUCGUGGUAACAUGUUCAAUGAGUAACUGUCAAUAAUGACUUGAAACGAGGACAGUAAUAAGGCAGCAUAAACUGUAUUAAGUACCCUCCACAACUUGUCAUUAGUCUGCUCAUAUAUAUUUGAUAUUUAUUUCUUUGAAUUGUGUAAUUUUAUAAAAAAAACACCUAAAUUAUUUUUUAUUUUACAUUCAUUUAUUUACAUGUUUUCUCAAUGAACUACCCUCAUGUACAAAUAAAAUCUGUAUUUGCUCUA